AUGACUGCCAACCCUUCUGGAUCGAAGCUGGCGAGCGUCCUGCCCAACGCCUUUACCAAGGACAUGGACCCCGAAAUGGAGAAGUGGUUCGUCAAGACGUCCCAGGGACUCAUUGGCGAUCUCACGUCGCCACUAGUUGCUCAGAUGGGCCUUAACGGAGCCGUCACGGAACCCAUUCAAUUCUUUGACAAUGCUUGCGGGGCGGGUGUUCUCACACAGGAAGUACACCGCGCACUGAAACCGGAAGUGUUGAGCAAGAGCACAUUUACGUGCGCCGACUUUUCGGAUAAGAUGGUGGCUACGACGCUGAGACGUGCGGCCAACGAGGGCUGGGGCCACAUGGAAGGAAAAGUAGCGGAUGGUGCUGAUACUGGAUUCCCUGAUGCAUCGUUCAGCCAUAUUGGUAUUUCACUUGGCCUACAUAUUAUCCCAGACCCUGAUAGGGCCGUUAAAGAUGCGCUCCGCAUGCUCAAGCCCGGCGGUGUCUUUGGCGCGACGACUUUCACCAAGCGCAACGGCGAGGUUUGGUUUGUUCCCGAUGUCAAGAGUGCAUUCAAGGCGCUGCCGUUUGACGCCCCGAUACCUGAUUUGUUCCCUAUGCAGAUUCACUCGUCUGGUACAUGGACAGACGCUGCAUGGGUUGAGGCGCAUCUGAAGGAGCUCGGUGUGCGGGAUGUCCAGGUCCACGUCAAGACGCAGAAGCACAAGAUUGAGAGCGCGGAAGACUAUGUCAAUAUUUUCAAGAUGAUGUUUCCCAUGACCAUGAAGGCGUACUGGUCUGAAGAGACGCUGGCGGCGCAUCCGCCGGCUGAGGUGGUUCCCCUGGUGCAGAAGCAUCUAGAGGAGCUGCAUGGCGGGCGAGGCUGGGAGAUUGAGUCUGAGGUUAUUUACAUGACGGGAAAGGGGCCGCAGUAG